UGGGAUAGAAAGGAAUCUUUGAUGCUUGUGUUUUAAGAAUGAGCAAAUUAUUUCACUUAAAUACGUUUACAAACGAUACUUUUGUUUGUAGAUGUGUUUUUAUGUAUCCUAUUUAACCCAAGAAUCCGUACAGAAGCCCAGGGGUAGCCAGAAUUGUCAAUCAACUUGAAAAGACAUGGAUUUCGACAGAAUGGAAAGCUCCAGCUUAAAUGGGAUGAAAGCAGGGAUGGAUGGAGACAAGAAACUGAGAAGAAAUUACAAACUGCUUGUAGAUCCCAUGAUAAGAGGAGGCUCCCAGAAAAUCUACAGAUUUGAUGGAAUAGAUCCAACGGACAGUCAUCAAAUCCACACUAGAGAUCCAAGAUCAAGGUUAACUCGAAUGUGGACAAGAAGAAUUCCUGCAGAUUUACCUGUUCCAAGAUUUACGUAUGACCACUACUAUGUUGGACCACCUCCUACCAAUGAAGUGACAUUUACCAACCUGAAUGACAAUAUUGACAAAAAGUUUUUAGAAAAUAUGUUAAAAACAUUUGGACAGUUGGAAGAAGUGAACAUUUUUUACAACCCAAAGAAUAAAAAACAUCUUGGUAUUGGGAAGGCUGUGUUUGUUUCAUCAAAGUCAGCAAAGAUAUGUGCAGAGAAACUAAAUCAGACUUCUAAAAUGGGGAACAUUAUGACGGUUUAUGUUGAUCCUGGAGGUAAAGAAAGAACAAAGUUAGUUGAUGACGUUUUAUCUGAUAAGCCGAAAAAAAUUCCAGGUGAACCUACUACACCAUCAGACCCAAGACGCAAUAGAUCAUCAAGUUUUAACACUAGUUUUAAGUCAGAUUCUAGCUUUGAGGAAAACACUUUUGAUGCUUUUGGGGCACAAACACCUAUGCCAACCUUCAAUGAUACAGGAUUCUUAAAUAAUAUUAGUGAUCCUAGAAAUUCAGCAUUUGAUAUCCAAUAUUCUGGCAUGACACCUGGAAUGACACCAGCAAUGACUCCAAAUGUACAUGGAGGAAAUUUUCCAAAUCAGUUCGGUUUGACUCCAUCUCCUCAUGGUUCAUCUCAAGGAAAUAUGACGAAUUUUGCAUUCCCAAAUACGCCAAAUAUGUCUACACCUAUGUCACAAUCAUCGUUCGGUUCAAUGAGCACACCAUCUUCAUUUGGAGGAAAUAAUCAUGCAUUUAAUAAGAUGGAUGGUCAAAAACCUUUAAUAUUAGAACCACCACCACUACAACCACCACAUCAGCCACCACUACAGCCACCUGAACCACCAUUCAUUGAUCAUACACAGCCACCUCCUAAUUCAAUCAUUGACAAACCACCCCCAUUGAUGCCACCACAAAAUAAUGAACCGCCACGAUCUCAGUUUGACAAUAACUACCGCAACAGCAGAAAUCACAGGGAUAGAAACAAUAGUUUUGACAGAAGUGACGGUCGUAACUUUGACCGAGGGGAUAAUAGACCUUUUAAUAGGGAGGAGGAUAGAAAUUUCAAUCGGGGGUGCGACAGAAGUUAUGGUAGAAACGAUGAUCGUGGUUUUAGUAGAAAUGAUGACCGUAAUUUCCGUAGAAAUGAUAGGAACAACAGAAAUGGUGACAGAGGUUAUGGGAGAAACAGAUAUGAUCGUGAUAGAAAUGAUCGUAAUCGUGAUUGGCGCAGAGACGGCAGAGGUGAUAGAAACGAUAGAGAUUAUUCACAUAGGGACCGUGAUAGAUAUGGAAGUAGGGAUAGGGAUCGCUAUAGUUAUGAUAGGGAUAGAGACAGAGACAAAGGGAGGGAUUGGGAAAGGGAUUCAAGAGAGAGAUUUGAUUCUCAAGGUGAAGAAGGUCAACCACCUUCAAUGCAGCAAGAUCACAUGAUGAUGCAACCUCCACCCCCUUCAAUAAUUCCUUCCCAAAUGAUCCCACCCCCUGUCAUUCAGCAGCCACCAACCCAGCAGGCUCCACCUCAAAAACCAAGAACUCCAGAUCCUGAACCAUCGGAAGAUGAACCUAGGGUGAUGAGUUUAGAUUCUAGAAUUCAGAGCUUGCUCCAGAGUUCGGGAAUGGUGGACACUUUUGGAAGUCCUUCAUCAGAUUCAGCUGGUGAAACUCGUAAAAAGGAACUUUCACCGUCACAUACAGCAAAUGUUCCAAAUAAUGACAUCAGUAUUAGUGCUUCCCAAACUCCAUUCAACAAUUUUCAUUCCACACCUACAGACAGUUUUAGUGCUCAAAGGAAUCCUAAGCAAACUGAAAUAGACUUCAGAGAAAAUCAUUUUGUUCAGACCCCAUACAUGCAAACACCGGUGGACACGCCUUAUAUGUCAACACCUGUGGCCAAUCAGACAGAAGCAGAGGACGACAAAAUGAGCAUUUCAUCGGGAGAAAGUGGUAAUCAGAAUAUUGAAAUAAAUCCAAGCAUGUUAGCUGCCAAUAAUUCACAGUCUAGUGCUAAUUUUAUGACAAAUCCUAAUUUCAGUGCAGAAUACUCUCAGUAUGGUAGCUAUAUGGGUUAUCCAAAUCAAGCCGUUGGAGAAAUGUACAACCAAAAUUAUUUUAAUCAAUAUCAAAAUAUUAUGAAUGACCAAAACUCACUUCAAAAUAAAGUAGAUGAUGAACAAUUAGAUAAAACUUUUUCUUCUGUUCUGGACAAAUUUGUGAAAGAAUUAAAGGAGAUUAUGCAGAAAGACAUGUGUAAGAAAAUGGUGGAGAGUUCUGCAUUUAAAUCGUUUGACAGCUGGUGGACCACAAAUGAAACAAGAACAAAGUCCAUGCCUCAAAGGUUAUUGCCAACAAAACCAACCGAAUCAAAAAAGCCUUCUACAGUGACAGUUGGUAAAAGUGAGGUCAUGUCAACGUUGGCAACACUGUUUGAACCACAACAUCCAUGGUCCAAAGAAGGAGAGGUUAACCUUGGUGGAUUUGGAGGUGGUGGUGGAUUUCUUGGAAUCCGUGGUGGAAUGCCAAGGUUGCCAUCUUUCAAGCGAAAAACAUUUCACAAACCUCCACCUCCACAGUUUGACGUACAGCAACAGGAGGAGAAAUCAAAGUCUAAAGAUCUUAAUGAAGAGGAUGAGGAAGGUGAAAUUUCUGAUAAGGAAUCCCCAAGGAGACCUCGUAGGAAGCCAGUGGUUAGUGAAAGUGAAGAGGAAGAUGGAGAUGAAGAAAGUGAAGAUGAAGAAGGAGAUGAUGAUGAUGAGUCAGAAGAUGAAGAAGCAGCAAGUGCAGAAAGCAGUGAUGAAGAAGGGGAGGAAGAAGACUCCAGUGACGAGGAGGAGUCAAGUGAUGAUGAGGAGGAGUCUUCAGAGGAAGAGGCGGAGACUGAGAAAGAGAAGGUGGAGUCAAAAGUAGAAGAAAAAUUACAAACAGAACCAGAAGAAACUGCUGAAUCAGCAUUAUCUGAAGAGGAGAAGGAGGAAGAAAGUAUGACAGCAGAUGCUCAAGAAGAAGAGGGCAAAGUUGAAGCAAAAAGAAAAGAGACUCCCAAGCAAAGAGGGAGAAAGAAAUCUCCAGGAAAGCUAUCGCCUGUCAGAGAAUUAAGUGAAGUAACAGAAGAUUCCGAUAGUAAACAAACUGAAAGUGAGGCUGAAGAAAAGUCAAGUGCUAUUCAGUCUUCUUCUACAGACAGUUCUGUUAAAUCUGGAUUUCAGACUUUACUCGAGGCUUCAGAAAUUCUUAGCUUACGUGAUAGUGAGCAAAAACCACCAGUUUUAACACCAGUGAAAGAAACUCCAUUAAAAGCACCUGAAAGGGAAGAACGGCCAAGCUUUUUGGCGGAACAUGACUAUUUUGCAGCUCCUCUUGUAAGACCGCCAGAAAAAGAAAGAUUGGAUGACGUUGAUCUUGAUUCAGACGGCACAGAUUCGGCGGACGAGGAUGGCAAUACAACUCCUAUGGAAGUGUUUAUUGACCAUAAUUAUUGCUUACCUCCUAAACCGUCGAUAAAAGAUAUUCUGGAGGAGAAAAAACCUUUAAAACCAAAGAAUUUAGAACCAAUUGUGAAUUUAGAAAAUAUAGAAAAUUUAUUAAAACCAGAAGACAAAAAGAAAAAAGAGCCUCCAAAGAGAGGCAAAAGAAAACAAAAAGACAUGCAUUUAGUGGAUAUUACGGACGUACUGAAUAAGUCUAAAGGCAGCAGAGAGUUAAUCAAUCUUCUUCCACCUCCAAAAGAGGUGAAAAAAUUCACUCCAAGGAAAUUGGAAGAGGAACGUCAAAUUUUCUUUGAUCUCUAUAAUCAGGGCAUAGACAAUGAAGAUGUCAAUUAUUUGAAACGGACUUACGACCAUUUAUUACAGUCGGAAGAACCUAUGUGUUAUUGGAUAAAUGAUAUAUUAUGGGUCGACCAUCCGUUCACAAAUAUUCCCAACCCAGUGCCAUCAAAAAGACGGAAAAAGGACCAUGAGCACAAAACAGGUUGUGCGAGAACGGAGGGCUUCUACAAAUUAUCCAGGGAAGAUAAGAUGGGCAAAGUUCAUCAGGCAGCAUUUUGUGCAUUAGAGGAGACAAAUAAAACUCAGGACAAGAAAGUGACAGCAUACUCAACCUCCAGAGAAGCUCGACAUGAAAACCGAAGGUUACAGACCACGUUUGCUGAUCUGGAUAUAGGAGAUCUUCUCAAAUUCAAUCAACUUAAAUUUAGAAAGAAGAACAUGAAAUUUGCUCGCAGUGGUAUCCAUGCGUGGGGACUGUUUGCAUUAGAACCUAUUGCAGCAGAUGAGAUGGUUAUCGAGUAUGUAGGUGCCGGUAUUCGUCAGUCCGUGGCUGACAUGCGGGAGAAGAAAUAUGAGAAAUCAGGAAUCGGCAGUAGUUAUCUAUUCAGGGUGGAUAGUGAUACAAUUAUUGAUGCAACGAAGUGUGGAAAUCUGGCCAGGUUUAUUAAUCAUAGUUGUAAUCCAAACUGUUAUGCCAAAAUUAUUAAUGUAGAUAACCAGAAGAAAAUUGUGAUAUAUUCCAAACGUGAGAUUGACGUUAAUGAAGAAAUUACCUACGAUUAUAAAUUUCCUUUGGAGGACGAAAAAAUUCCAUGUCUUUGUGGAGAUGCAGCUUGUCGGGGAACACUCAAUUAGUUAUUUUAUUUAUUUUUUUUAUCAGUCUGCUGUUUUGUUAGUAAAAAUUUUUUUGUUUAUCUUCAGUUUCAAAUCAAGUACACUUUGUUUUGGGUUUUAGCAAAACAGAAAAAACAUAUGAAAAAUUUAUUUAUUAGAGGAAUCUAUAUGGAAUAUGAUACUUAAGUGCUCACUACAUUACUUGAAUAUUCAAGAUCGUCUGCUUUGAAAUGAAACAAGAUGGUAAAACAUAAUAUUCAAAAUAUUGAUAUUUUUUUUUUAAAAUCCACCUCAUUUGGAUAUUCUGUUUGCAUGGGCUUUAAAUGUUUCAAUCUUGAAUUUACAUUUGUAUUAUAGUGAAAAAUUUACAAAAACAUAAAUUUAGCAGUCUUAUUGGUAUUUCUGUAAACUGAUGAAUGUAUUUUUGUUAGCAGAUAUCACCUAAUUUAAAGCAUUCUGACAAAUAAUUAAGUAAUACAGAGCAUUCUGAAAAUUCAAACAUGUUUUAAUUCUGGUACCAGAUUUUCACCCCCUUCCUGCUGUUAAAAAGGUUUUUUAGUUGACAUUUUUGAUAUUCAAAAAUCAAUCUUUUCCAUUCAAAAAGCAAGUGAUUUUUGUACUAGGAACAGUAUAAAAGACAUAAUGAAUUGUUUGCAUGUCCAUCAAUUUUUAGUACAAUUAGAUCAAAAUUAAAACUGUUUAUUAUUAUUAUUAUAGCCUUACAAUGUAUUACAUUUUUAAAUUUCCUUUGUGCAAUAUAUCGUUAUGAAGUAGUUUUCAUUGGAAAAAAGAUAAGUUUGAAUUUAUAGGAUCAUAUCAUAUAUUUGAGUUUUACAUCUAUUUACUAAAAAUAUACCAACACAGAAACUGGUAUGAAAUGCUAUAAGGUUCAGUUUUUAAAUUUUUUGCCUCUACACCUGUUUCUUUUCUAAAUAAUUCUACCUGGGCUGCACAUAUUUUUUCUGUGAAAAAAACAGAAAAAGUACUAUGUAUGGAUGUUUUUGAAAAAAAGCUUACUGGAUGGUCACCACUGACAAUGUUGACAGUGAUAUAUGUAACUGACCUUUUUAAGUAGCAAUGCAUUAAAAUGUCUUGCAAAUCAAUCUAGUAUUUUUUUUUACUUAAAAUCAUGCAGUCAUACCUGUUUUAAGGUAACGUACAUGAUAUAGUUAUGUAAGCAAACAAUUAUCCUUUUUAUAUUCUGAUAAAUCUAAAUGUUUAAUCAUGCUGUUUUAAAUCAAAAAUAAAAAGUACUAAUUUGUUCAUCAAUUAAACCACCUUUGUAAGAAAAAUGAUAUUUUAUUCCAAUUUAGAAAUUUAUUAAAUGACCUAUGGGUCAGGUUUUGUUGUACAUCUCAAAUUCACUAAGGUAACACUUUUCAAAGGGAUUACAAGGAUACUGUAUAUUUAUAUUCUUAUGGGUAUAAUCAUGAAAUAAAGUUCAAUGAUUGCUAAAGCUAAAUUUUGAGCAAUGCUACUUCUUUUGUGUUGGACAGGUAUGUAUCAUGUUAUGAUUUUAUCAAUGGUUUAUAUAUGAAAGUUUGUUGUGUUAUGGUCUUGAUAAAUGUGUGCUCUUUAAAUUAAACAUAGGACUGACAAUUUUAACUGAUUGUUCAGAAAAAAAGAAAUGAAUUAAAAUGAUGGAAGAUAAUGAAUUUACUCUUUUAAAGUAUAACUAUAACUGGUAAGUGCUAUUCCAUUGAAAUGGACAUUGAGGGUAGGUAGGGAUAUUUCAUUUUUGGACUUGUGGGUCAUUUCUAGGAAAUUUUACAAUUAUCAUUUCUAUAAGUCAUUUAGGGCUAUUCCAUUAAUAAAAAUGAAUCUGGGAGGGUAGGAAGGGACAUUUUAUUUUUAGACAUGGGUUAAUGGUCAUCUCUAUGAAAUUUUACAAUUACCAUAUCUAUGAGACAUUUAGGGCUAUUCCAUUUAAAGAAUCUGAGAGGGUAGAAAAGGACGUUUUAUUUUGAACUUGGGGUAGUUAGUAAUGGUUAUUUGACCGUUUGAUGUAAGCAAAAUGACUCCAUUAAAGUGUUUUGUUUUUGGGGUGUUCUGAAAGUCCUUUCCUAUCCUCCCACACCCAUUAUAAUAGACUAACCCUUAGGAGCAAAUAGAAGUUUAUCUUUUUUCAGAUUGGAGGAAAUACAAAACAGCUUUGUUAAUGUUAAAGUUUUAAAAGUUUUUAUGAAAAGUUACUUUGUUAAUAUUUGUAUAUUAUGGAAACAUUGUUUAUGUCUCGCUGUGUAUAAUAUACAUAUCAUAUCAUUUUGUACAUAGUGUUCAUAGGAGGUAUGAUCAGUACUCUAUAAGUGCGUUUUAUAAUUGUACUAGUGAUAUGUGUACAGUGUACAGUUUUGUAUAUAUUAGUGUACAGUUAAAUGUAUUAGUGCUACAACUAUUAGUGUUGCUUAUUGAAUUGGUAAAUGUUCAUGUCCUUUGUACAAACAAAAAAUGAAAUUUAUCAAUAAAAAAAUUGAAGAAUUA